AUGACGGAGCGGCCGCCGAGCGAGGCGGCACGCAGUGACCCCCCGCUAGAGGGACGGGACGCGGCCGAGGCCCGCAUGGCCCCCCCGCACCUGGUCCUGCUGAACGGCGUCGCCAAGGAGACGAGCCGCGCGGCCCCGGCGGAGCCCCCGGUCAUCGAGCUGGGCGCGCGCGGCGGCGGCCCGGGGGGCGGCCCCGCCGGUGGGGGCGGCGCCGCGCGAGACUUAAAGGGCCGCGACGCGGCGGCUGCCGAAGCGCGCCAUCGGGUACCCACCACCGAGCUGUGCAGACCUCCUGGGCCCGCGCCCGCCUCGGCCCCCGCAGAGCUGCCCGGCGACGGCCGCAUGGUGCAGUUGAGCCCGCCCGCGCUGGCGGCCCCCGCCGCCCCCGGCCGCGCGCUGCUCUACAGCCUCAGCCAGCCGCUGGCUUCUCUCGGCAGUGGGUUCUUUGGGGAGCCAGAUGCCUUCCCUAUGUUUGCCACCAACAACCGAGUGAAGAGGAGACCCUCCCCUUAUGAGAUGGAGAUUACUGAUGGUCCCCACACCAAAGUCGUGCGGCGCAUCUUCACCAACAGCCGGGAGCGAUGGCGGCAGCAGAAUGUGAACGGGGCCUUCGCUGAGCUCCGCAAGCUGAUCCCCACGCAUCCCCCAGACAAGAAGCUCAGCAAGAAUGAGAUCCUCCGCCUGGCCAUGAAGUACAUCAACUUCCUGGCCAAGCUGCUCAAUGACCAGGAGGAGGAGGGCAGCCAGCGGGCCAAACCUGGCAAGGACCCUGCGGUGGGGGCUGGUGGAGGGGGUGGUGGUGGAGGGGGCGCUGCACCUCCAGAUGACCUCCUGCAGGACGUGCUGUCCCCGAACUCCAGCUGUGGUAGCUCCCUGGAUGGGGCAGCCAGCCCGGACAGCUACACGGAAGAGCCGGCACCCAAGCACACGGCCCGCAGCCUCCAUCCUGCCAUGCUGCCCGCCGCGGAUGGAGCCGGCCCUCGGUGAUGGGUCUGGGGCCACCCAGGACCAGCCAGGAGGGUGCCCUCAGGCCACGGGCACCAUGGGCUUUAGGGCAGGUGGGAUGAGGAUUGGGCAGCUCUGAAGCAGGGCAUGGACUUUUGAUGAGCUUUCCUUGAUGUCUGAACUGUGGGAAGUCCCAGCUGCCUCUGGGGCUGGCUUUCCUGUUUCCUGCCUCAGUAGGAGAACAGAAAAAUGGAGCAAAGUGGUAGGUACUUUUUAUGAAGAUGGCACGGUCUUCCCCCUUUUCCAAAUCCCUAAGACUUCUCAAGUAAGAGGCUGGAGUGGCAUUGCUUUUGGCCUGGCACAUAGGAGCCCUGUCUUGGCUGAGACCUGGGGUUGUCAGCUCUCUCCUGAGGC